GUUGGCUAUGAUUUUGUGAUAGAGUGAGCGCAGGGGAAAGAAACAAAAAAGAAUCCAAAAAGCAUCUCCCACUCACUUGCAAAGUGGUGAUUUAAUUCUAAAAAAGCUGAAACCUUAAGAGCUUCCUCGGAAUCGCCCCUUUGCCAAAAAAAAAAAAAAAAAAAAAAAAAAAGCGCGAAGAGUCCGGCUGUCUGAAUCACCUAGUCUUGCUGGAUGGAGAGUGGAGUCUAUUAACGUGUUGCUAGAUUGCAUCACGCAUUAAAAACGAAAACGUGGUCAGUUGGCUAGUAAGUCGGGAGCUUCAGCUGUGUAAGAGUUUGUGAUUUACUAAGUGCUGCAAAACCAGCCAGUUAGGCUAACUUCGUUCAAGCAACUGUGGGUUCUGUCAUCAUGGAGGAGGACUCAACAUAUAAUAAAGUCGAAAUUGCAGUUGGCUGUCACGUAGAAGAUGCUGUAACCUUUUGGGCACAGAACAUUAAUAAAUCUCAGGAAAUUUUAAAGAUUAGCUCUGGUCUAGCUGAAAUCUGUCCUCAAGCCAUCCCAGUUUUUGGCAAUCCUGAUUUUAAUAAGAUAUAUGGAGGUUGCUUUUCUGAAGAUAAAUGCUGGUACAGAUGUAAAGUACUCAAAAUUAUCAGUGAUGAAAAAUGCCAGGUAUUAUACAUUGACUAUGGGAACUCUGAGGUCCUCAGAAGAUCAGAAAUAGUUGGGAUCACAGAAAACUUGCAGUUUCCUGGUGUGGCAAAAAAGUAUAAAUUGUGGGGAUUACAGUUAUCAGCUAAUAUAGAUUUAAAUCAAUUUGAUCGGGGGAGGAUAUUUCUGAAUAGUUUGAUAUUUGAAAAAGAGAUAAAGAUAACACAUAAAGCCAUGCAUCGGGAUGGCACCAUUAUUGCCCAGGCAGAAUGUGGUUUACUGGAUGUUGGAGAAGAAAUGGCUAAGAAAGGCUUUGCUGAACUUCGCAAAUCUUCCAUAAAAAAUAAAUUCUUUGAGACAAAAGUGGAUUUCUUUGUGCAUAAGAAUGCCAAAAUAUCAACUCCAAGAUGGGCAAUGAACUCUGUAGCAAGCAGUAGAAUGACAGGAAGUCAUGGUGAUAUGUUUCUGAGUGAAAAAAAUGAAAAUUCUAUAGAUCAUUCUUCUUCGAUUCAAAGGAUAUCAGAUAUUAGCUUGGAAAAGAUCAGAGAGGAUCAGAAGUUGAUUGAGGAGACUGAGAAACUAAAAGAAGAAAUGGUGACUUUCCAAAAAGAAAACCAAAUUCUUUCCCAUCAAUGUGAAAUACAGGAAUCAACAAUACAUAAACUGACGUGUGAUUUGGAGAACGAGAAGAAAGCUUACAAGGAAAGCCUUGAUUGUAUGGAAAAUAGGCUGCUCACUUAUGUAGGAACUACAGUGAGAAAAUUGGCUACCAGGUUUGAAACAUUGAAAGAAACAAGGCAAAAUCAUGCAAGUGCUCAUUUUGGAGAAGAUCUUUUAGAAGCUGCAAAUAUAGUUACCAAAGAGAAAAUUCUGGCCCUUCAGUCCAUGGAAAAGCUGGAAAAGAUAUGGACAGAUUAUAACAUCUCCCAGCAAGAAAUACGUCUUUGUAAACAUGUGGAUGAAGUACAAAGCUUAAUUCUCCAGAGGAAUGAAUUGCAGCAUAAAUUGCCCAAGGCUCUAGAAGAAUUCAUUGUGGAAGUGAAUGAUCUGCCUCUUUCUGAGCGCUUAGAAACGUUGAAGAAGUUGCAAGGAUCUUUGGAGGUUGCAUAUGGACAGGCUGAUGAAGCAGAGGGUUCAGAAGAAGUAUUUGAAGAAUUCUUUGAAUGGAAGAAUGCUAGGUUGGAGAAAUUCAGUUGGGUUAGGAAUGCUACAGAUACUUCUUUACAAAAUCUUGUAUUAAGUUUCAGCAACAUAAUUCAGUUUUUUGAUACAGGCUCAACUGUAUUAAUGAAAUCUGAGGAUGUAGGUGUCAAUGUAGAUGAAGUUCUUAAGAAUGUCGAGCUUGAUAUUUCACAAGAAUUUGACAUGUUUUUAACAGAGCUAGAUGAAAAAGACAAAAAAGUCAUCUUAAACAUGUAUAAUGUGGUUAUGCGGAAGAUCCUUCAAGAACAAGAUCUUAUAAAUGCAGUGAAUCAAAAAUAUCUUGAAAGUUGUGAGUUCAAAAACCAGAUUGUGGAAUGGCUGGAUAUGACUCCUAAUAUUGAUGAUUUGUUACUGAUAAAGAAGAGAAUGAAAGACGUAAAGGCACAGCUGAGAUGGAAAUUAGUAGAAAAAAACAACUUGGAAGAAUCUGAUAAUUACAGCAAGGAUGAAAUGGUGAAAAUAAAAGAAGAAAUCAGUUCUCUACAGGAUAAUGUAUUUCAGGAAAUAUAUAAGGAACAAGAAGAAUAUGAAAAGCUUAAUCAUCUAGUUCAAAAACGUUUCCCUGAGCUGCCACUCCUUCAUCCUGAAGUAGGAAUUUUGAAGUAUAUGAACUCAGGAGGUUUGACUGUCAGUUUAGAACGUGAUCUCUUAAAUGCUGAGCCAAUGAAGGAACUGAGCAUAAAACAUCCUGUGAUGUGUUCCACAAUUCAAGGACAAAAGGUUCUCCUGAAGGGAUAUAUUGUGGAUAUGAAUAUUGAAACUCAAAUAAUAGAAAGAGCAGCAAAGUAUCACAAAGUUUGGAAAGAAUUAAGGGAGGAAUCUUGUUUAAUGCAACCAAUGUUCCUGUUUUUAUGCAAGUCUGAUCCUAUGGUAUAUCUAAUGAUUCCAUACUAUGCUGGAGCAAACCUGGGGACAUUGCAGAUGACAGCACCUUUAACCCCACAAGAAACAUUAAAAGUAAUGAAAGGAGUGGCACGUGGUCUGUGUGCACUACACAAAGCUGAUAUAAUUCAUGGAUCAUUGCAUAAAAAUAAUGUGUUUGCAUUGAACAGAGAACAGGGAAUUGUUGGAGAUUUUGAUUUCACCAAAUCUGAGAGCAAGCGUGCUUUGUCAGAUUUUAUGACUUUGAAUGGCUUGAGCUUAAUUUCCCCUGAACUAAGAAAUGGUCAGCCACCUUCUCCAGCUUCGGAUAUGUAUGUUUUUGGUUGUCUGCUUUACUGGCUAUUUAUUGGAAAGCAAGAAUUGAAAACAAAUGAAGAUGGAACUCCUGAAAUUGAUGGCUUAGAUAUGGAUGAUAAAGUUAAAUCUCUGCUUUCACAACUCCUUUGCUAUGAUAAUCGGAUGACUGCAGAACAGGUGUUGAAUGCCGACUGCUUCUUGUCGCCUGACCUGAUUUCAGUUCCACUGGAAAGUGAAGUGACUGAAUAUGACCAUGGAGAACAGAGUCCAGAAGAUGUGUCUGAUGAAAGCCUGGAUGACAAGAGUGAACCUUCAUCAGAUAAAGAUCCAGAUGCGUAUAUGAGUGAUCAGAAUGCCAGUUCACAAUAAAUAAGGUCAGAGUAACCUAUACAUCCCAAGAUAGCCUUUUUCAGGAGAAGAUACAAAUACAUCUUGAAAAAUUGUAUAUACAUAUGUUUUGGUAUUAUUUUUUAAAAAACAAGUGGUACAUAAUAUCUAGGGAUAUCAGUGUUUGACCUGAGUUAUAGCUUUAGUUUUGUGAAUGUUAAAAUUUUCUUUAUCUGCUGUCAAGUAUUUUUCCCACUUGUCUUCCAGAAGUGAAAAACAACAGAAUAUGGGAUUGAAGCUUCACAUGUUACCUUAGAGCAGGCAUGUCAAACUUGCAACGGGCCAGUUUUGCCAUUGCCAGUAAUGGGGUGGGCUUGGCUUCCAUGUGACGCGUCUGGCCCAUGGGCCAGCAGUUUGACAUCCCUGCCUUAGAGUAUUCUAUAAUUACAUUAUUUAAAUUAACCAGAGCUAGUUAAGUUAACUAAGAUCGGAGUAUCCAUAAAUUAAUAUCUGGUAUUGUUUUGGACAUAAUGUUGCUGAAUUAUUUGUAAUUCUAUUUCUUCUGUUCAGUUGCAUGUCUAUUUUUGCAAUAACAGUAUUACACUUAUCUGAAUAAAGUUUUGAAGCAAAUA